GUGCUAGCCUGGACCGGCUGGGAGGAAGCCCUGUGAGGAGAGAGAUUGAGCCUCGCCGACGGCUGCUGUCAACGGGGGAAGCGGUUUGGAAGGGGGCCAUGGCCUGCUCCGGAGAGGAAGUGACAAGUGAGGAGAGCGGGGAGGAGAGCAAUGGUAUGAACUUAAUGGAUUUCUCAGAUGAGAUCCUCUUGCACAUCCUGAGAUACAUUCCAGUUUCGGAUCUUGUCCUGAAUGUCCGGAGGGUCUGCCGGAAGCUUUCUGUCCUCAGUCUUGACAAAAGCCUCACCCACACGGUCAUCCUACAUAAGAACUAUCAGGUGGACAAAGGCAAAGUGAAGCAACUCAUGAGGGAAAUCGGCAUAGACAUUCACGAGCUGAACAUGGCUGGCUGCUAUUGGGUGCCGGGGAUGACCAUCGACCAGGUGACGCGCUGCAAAAACCUGAGGAAGCUGAACUUGUCUGGCUGCCACCUCACCUCCCUUCGCCUCUCCAAGAUGCUCUCGGCCUUGCAGCACCUCCGCUCCCUGGCAAUCGAUGUGAACCCGGGUUUUGAUGCCUCCCACUUGAGUAGCGAAUGCAAAGCUACGCUGAGCCGAGUGCUGGAGCUCAAGCAGACGCUCUACACUCCCUCGUAUGGGGUGGUGCCGUGUUGCACCAGCCUCGAAAAACUCCUCCUGUAUUUUGAGAUCCUCGACCGGUCGCGAGAGGGUUUAAUCAUCUCUGGGCAGUUGAUGGUGGGCGAGAGUAAUGUGCCCCACUACCAAAACCUCCGGGUCUUCUAUGCUAGGUUGGCUCCCGGACCGGUCAACCAGGAGGUGGUGAGGCUCUACUUGGCGGUGCUGAGUGACCGGACUCCGGAGAAACUCCAUGCCUUUCUGAUCUCUGCUCCUGGUGGUUUUGCGCAGAGCUGUGCCGUGAAAAACCUUUUGGACUCCAUGGCCCGGAAUGUGACCUUAGAUACCUUACAGCUCCCCCGUUCUUGGAUGAAUGGCUCCAGCCUGCUCCAGCUUUUGAAGUUCAGCAACCCCGUCUAUUUCAGCUUCAGUCGCUGCAGCUUAUCUGGCAGCCAGCUGGUCCAAAGGGUCCUGAAUGGCGGGAAAGACCUCCGCAGCUUGGUCGGUUUGAACCUGAGCGGCUGUGUCCACUGCCUGUCUCCGGACUCCCUCCUGCGCAAGGCGGAAGACGACAUCGACAGCAGCAUUGUGGAGACGCUGGUCGCGUCCUGCUGCCACCUGAAGCACCUGAACCUCUCCGCGGCCCACCACCACAGCUCGGAAGGCAUGGGCAAACACUUAUGCCAGCUUCUUGGCCAGCUAAAAGGCCUUCUGUCUUUGGCCUUGCCUGUUUGUGCCGUUGCCGAUGUUUCCAUCACAACGACUGACAAGCCGACAGUGCAGCCGGUGGCUAAUGCAGCCUCCCAAGGGUUUGGCAAGAAGGUCCGGAUUGGGGUCCAGACCUAUUCCAGGAACUGCCUUGAGCAGGGGAACUCCAAGCCCCCUUCGUCUGUAUUUUGGACUCUCCUGGAAAGCCUUCCUUUUUUGGAGAAGCUGGAGUUGAUCGGUUCCAGUUUCUCCUCGGCCAUGCCGAGGAACGAGCCAGCCAUCCGGAACUCCCUGCCUCCCUGUAGCCGGGCGCAGCUUGUUGGGGAUGCCGAGAUGGCUGCCAUUGGCCAGCUGGCCUUCUUGCAGAACCUCACUUUGGCCCAGCUGCCCAAUGUUCUCACCGGCUCUGGACUGAUUAGCAUUGGCGUCCAAUGCCAACGCCUGCGGACUCUCUCACUGGCCAACAUCGGCCUUAUGGGGAAAGUGAUGUAUAUAUCAGCCCUCAUGGACAUGCUGAAGCAGUGCAAGUGCUUGCAAGAUCUCAGGCUUGAGCAGCCGUACUUCAGUGCCAACGCUCAGUUCUUCCAAGCCUUGAGCCACUGCUCUUCGCUGCAGCGCCUUUGCAUCGUCUCCCGGAGCGGGACUUUGCAGUCAGAUGCUGUGAUGUCGUUCAUGGCCAACUGCCUAGAGGUCAUCAUGUGCCACAUGUUUACGGGAGAGUCGCUCACCGUUUGCAGAAACCUCCAACACUCCUUGAUACGGAGUUUUCAGGCUGAGCGACCCGCCCUGGAUGUGGUGGUGUUUCCUCUGCUCCACGAGGACCUGACCGACGUCAUCCGAGACGUCCCCAUGAUGCACUUGGACGAGAUCACCUUGUUCAAAAGCCGGGUGGCCGAGGAGCCUCCGAACCUCUGGUGGUGAUGGCCAAGGAGCCGGAGCAGGACACCGUUCUUGAGUCUCGCUGCCAGUUUGUUUGAAUGCCGUGGUCAUUUCAGUGCUGCUGCAGGGAGGAGGGCCUCGUGUGCCAGGAUGCUGGACAGACUCACCGAUCCCUUGGAGGGCAAAAACCCUCGUAUUUAUUUAUUUCACUCCUAGCCUGUCCCUGUUUCCGACAAACUCGGGCCAGGUUUGCGGUUGGGAAAUAUAGGAGCCUUUUGUUUUGCUAUUUAAUAAUAUAUCCUUCUCUAAUUUGAAUGACAGUUCAAAGGCAAGCGGGGUUUGACUUGAAAGAAUGUACUCCCCUUUUCCUUGCUGUCCCUGUUGUUGCCUGUUUUGGGAACCUAUUUGUUUUAUAUAUAUAUAUAUAUAUCGAUAUAUUUUGGUGCAUCAAUGAUUUAUUGUUUUUUCCCUUAGUGUCUUAAGGGGCUGAAAUGCAAAGGGAUUCUGUGUCAAUGCUUUCUUGAGCCUUAACUGCCAAGCCUAGCUAACGUGUUGGCGUCUCUCCACAAAGCAAGGUGCUCACUUGCUUUUCGGUUUGUUUUCUUUUAGUCCUGUGGAUGUGAAGCCUGGGAUAGUCUUGGGGAAAGCUGCCUUUCCGGGACUACAGCUGGCACAUCCCCUUGGCAGGGGAUUCUGGGAGUUGUAGUCCCUGUAUUAACAUUUCCAAGCUUUGAUUUCUGUGCUAGCGUUAGAAUGAUUGACUAGGGAUUCUCCAGGGGACUUUCCAUU